CCCCCCGAACACCCGAGGGGGCGGCGAGCUGCGGGCAGGCCCGGGCCGGGCGGGAGGCGGCGGCAGCUCGGCCCGCCGCCGGUGGUGCUGCGGGGCGGAGGUACCGCUGAGGCCGCCGGGCUGGUGAAGAGCCCGUAGCAGAACAGGGUUUCCCUGCGGGGCCUCGCUCCCCCCGGAGUCCCAGCUCGGUACCCGCCGGCUCGGGGUGUCCGCCGGCUGGUGGCGGCGGGUCACAGCGGCGGGCAGAGAGCCCUGGCGGCGGCCGGGCGGCCCUGCCGGGCCCCGGGGUAACAGAGCUGUCGCUCGGGCCGGACCUGAAGCUCCGCGCUCGGCAAGGCAUCUCCAAAGAGCCCUUCUGUUGUGUGUGCGUGACCUUUGCUUAAGGAUCAUGGAUUUUCCAGGACACUUUGAGCAAAUCUUUCAGCAGCUCAACUACCAGAGGCUUCAUGGCCAGCUUUGCGACUGUGUCAUUGUGGUGGGGAACAGGCAUUUCAAAGCCCAUCGCUCUGUUUUGGCAGCAUGUAGCACACAUUUCCGAGCUUUGUUUACUGUCGCAGAAGGAGAUCAGACUAUGAAUAUGAUUCAGCUGGACAGCGAAGUGGUGACAGCAGAAGCUUUUGCUGCUCUGAUAGACAUGAUGUAUACUUCCACACUAAUGCUUGGGGAGAGCAACGUUAUGGAUGUCUUGCUGGCUGCUUCUCACUUACAUUUGAACUCUGUUGUUAAAGCAUGCAAACACUACCUUACUACCAGGACACUGCCGAUGUCUCCACCGAGUGAUAGAGUUCAAGAGCAAAAUGCGCGCAUGCAGAGGUCUUUCAUGCUCCAGCAGCUUGGACUGAGCAUCGUGAGCUCUGCCUUAAAUUCCACUCCAAGCACAGAGGAACAACCAAAUACUAUGAGCUCCUCGAUGAGAAGUAACAUCGAGCAACGCACUACUUUUCCCAUCCGUCGUCUCCACAAACGUAAACAGUCUUCUGAAGAUAGAGCCAGACAGCGCAUAAGGCCUCCCAUGGAUGAGUCUGUUUCCGAUGUGACUGCAGAGAGCGGGCAGUCAGUAGUUCAUUCACGGGAAGAUUUCUUCUCACCAGAUUCACUGAAGAUUGUGGACAACUCUAAGGCUGAUGUGGUUGCUGAUAACCAGGAGGAUAAUACUAUUAUGUUUGACCAGUCUUUCAGUGCUCAGGAAGAUGCUCAAGUGCCCAGCCAGUCUGACAACAGCGGAGGAAACAUUUCGCAGAUGUCCAUGGCAUCCCAGGCAACACAGGUGGAAACGAGCUUUGACCAGGAGGCUGCCUCUGAGAAGAACAACUUCCCAUGUGAGAAUCCAGAGGUCAGUCUGAAUGAAAAAGAGCACAUGAGGGUGGUGGUAAAGUCUGAGCCCUUGAGUUCCCCAGAGCCUCAAGAUGAGGUGAGCGAUGUCACUUCCCAAGCAGAGGGCAGUGAGUCUGUUGAAGUGGAAGGAGGAGUAGUGAGCGCAGAGAAGAUAGAACUGAGUCCUGAGAGCAGUGAUCGUAGCUUUUCUGACCCACAGUCCAGUACCGAUAGGGUGGGAGACAUCCAUAUUAUGGAGGUGUCAAAUAACCUGGAACACAAGUCUACUUUCAGUAUUUCCAAUUUUCUAAAUAAAAGCAGAGGUGGUGGCUUCGGUGCUAGUCAAAACAGUGAUGACAACAUUCCAAAUACCACCAGUGACUGCAGAAUGGACAGUGAUGCUUCUUAUCUGAUGAGUCCAGAGUCAGGGCCUGCUGGUGGCCAUUCAUCCGCCACUGUCUCUCAUGUCGAGAAUCCAUUUACCGAGCCCGCAGACUCUCAUUUCGUUAGACCAAUGCAGGACGUGAUGGGUCUUCCCUGCGUGCAGACUUCUGGUUACCGGGCAGCGGAGCAGUUCAGCAUUGAUUUCCCACGGUCGGGCUUGGGCUUGCAUUCCCUGUCAAGGGCAAUGAUGGGCUCAGUAAGAGGUGGAGCUAGCAGCUUUCCUGGCUACCGCCGCAUAGCCCCCAAAAUGCCUGUGGUGACCUCUGUCAGGAGCUCGCAGCUGCAAGACAACUCAUCCGGUUCCCAGCUGAUCAUGAAUGGGACCACUUCUUUUGAAAACGGGCAUCCGUCACAACCUGGUCCACCGCAGCUGACGAGGGCGUCUGCAGAUGUCCUUUCAAAAUGCAAGAAGGCCUUAUCUGAGCACAACGUCUUGGUUGUAGAAGGUGCACGCAAGUAUGCAUGCAAGAUCUGCUGCAAGACGUUUUUGACCUUGACAGACUGCAAGAAGCACAUCCGUGUGCACACGGGGGAGAAGCCUUACGCCUGCCUCAAGUGCGGCAAGCGGUUCAGCCAGUCCAGCCACCUGUAUAAACACUCCAAGACAACCUGCCUGAGGUGGCAGAGCAGCAACCUGCCCAGCACGUUGCUUUAACCUUCUCCACCCUGGGCCUGAAGGAGAGCGCCGGUGCAGAUGUCUGGCUCCUUGAAGCACCACAGGAACAUGAACACUGUUUUCUUCAAGGCUGCAGGCUCAGAGGCUGCUCUCGUUGGUCCGUGAACACGUAGCGUGUGAUUGUGCCACACACACAAAAGUCUUGGUUCUGUCAAUUGGGGAUAUUACUGUACCUACCUCACAGGGGUGUUGUGAGGCUUAACGAGCUGUAAGCGAAGAACUUGGAGGUCUGCAGUAGUGCGCUGCGGCUGUGUGAAGCGUUACUGUGACGUACGCUCAGGCCUUGGGCUGAUGGGGAUACAAUCUCUAAAGCGAAGCGGUUCCUUUGCAGGGCAGAGGGGUGAGAGCGUAGUUGUCUCAUGAAGUAGGUUUCAAGAGUGAGAAACUGAAGUGCAAAUUUCCUCUUUUUUUUUUUUCUAAAAUAUUUUGUAAAAGUGACAGCAUUUAAAUAAAUGACCUGUAAAACAAGUUGCCGCAUUAUGUGUGGACAGUAAUGCAAGAGUUGUUUGCUGUAACUAACGCAGACUGCGUAUCUUUAAAAGAGAAAAACGCCUUUGGAUGCACCUGUCUGACAUAAUGCUUUAAAAUAUGCUAAUUAUAAAAAUAGUUCUAGGGUUAUGAAUGUAUGUUUGGCUGUUUUGUAGUAAAGGACACUGUGUAAUGAAGGUGCUUAAAUUAAAUCCAAGACAAGUAACUUUUGGACUACCAGAUGUAUAUAUACUUUGAAUACAGCAAGAUCUGGAUGUUUGACUGAUUUUUUUCUGUAGAAACUUGUAUUAAGUGAUAAGUGAAGUACUGUUUCUUGUUCGUGCUAUUCUUAGCCGUAUUUUAACCAGUUUGUAUCUCCUCUGUUAAAAUUCUAUAUACACAGAAGUCUGAAAAGAGCUUGUCUUUGUCUGCUUUGUUAUUUUGAAGGAGAGAGAUAAUUUGUGAUGGCUUUUUUUACUGUGUAAGAUGGUCUCUUGCUGUUUCCAGAUGCUGAUACUCAGUCUGAUCCCUGCUAUUGUGUAAGCAUAUUGUCCUUUUCUGACACUCUUAUCAUCAGGCUUUAAUUUCCUCCUCUGUACACUUACUUUCUACUUACUUACUACUGUGGAUUGUUCCUCAGAUCAAACCAGUCUGGAAUGAUCCUCAUUUGCCAUAUUUAUGUCUCUCUAUAAAGUGUAGUUAUCAAAUCCAGUCCUUCCACUUAAAGUAGUGUCAUAGAUGUACUUUUCCACGUAAAUUAAAAAAAUCUAGCAUAAAUUUAAUUUAAAAAAUAGCACUGUACGCUUUGUAUAGCAGAAAUUCAGUGAUCAUUACUCUUCAAGUGAAUCAUGUAAAUCUUGUUUUAAUUUCCUCCUCUUUGAUAGCGUUGUAACUAAUACUCUCUGCAGUCUCUUUUUUCCUUUGUUAAAGAUGCACGUGAACUAACUACUGGCGUUCAGCAUAUUAGGUUUCUAAAUACAGUUUUGGAGCACUUCUGCUGAUAAAUGUUGCUCUGCCAUUGGGAGCUGGGUCAGGGCUACAGCGUGUCCGUUGUGUUCAGGAGAGAGAGGAUUUGCGUUUCCUGGUAUUUAAGUCACAGAGCAACAGCUCUCUGUUAAUAUAAAAAAAAUUUGCAAGCCUUCCCCUGUUUGUUUUGUUCUGUAUAGCAAAUGAAUUCUGUGUGAUGACGUUCAGCAGUUUUAUGGAGUUUGUGCUACCUAAUAGCAUUCUUAAACACCUUGGACUUAACAUUUGGAUAAACUGAAAACAAAAUCCUAAUCCACAGUCCUGUAGGUCAUUUAGCAGGAUUAGCUAUCAAAAUUGUUGAAGCGCAGAAACCAAACAGCCAUUGUCAGACCAAAGGAAACAUGGGCAUCUUUCUGUGCUUGGCUUUAUGUGAAAGAGUAGUCCACUAAUGAAGAAAUGUGUCUUCAUCUCUAAUUACAUUGCUCCACAUUGAAAAAAAAAAGCCAAAUGUCAGUCAAUGUGUCACUUGAUCAUGCAAGGUAAACAGAAACCUGGAAACACAGUGAAUGAUUGGAUUCAUGCCUUUAAAGUGCUAAGAUUUUGUUAUAGGAUUUAUUUAGUGGUUGCGUUUCUGGCUCUUGAUUUUAUAAGCAUUAAGGAAAUGUGCUGCAUUUUUUUAAAGCAUUAGGAUACGCCACAUUUUGUUUGAUAAUAAUUUUGAUAUCAGGGGACUAACAGCAUUGAGCUAUACUAAACAAUCUUACUGAAACAUCAAUAAAAUGCAGUAUUUUGUACUUUAAUAUUUUCUUGUGUUGCCUUAUUAGAUUGUUUCAUCUUCUUUGCAUUUCUAGUGUUUUGUUUUAAAAAUAGACGGUUUUUUACAUUUUCUGUCUGUUUCCUAGAGCACAUCUGAAUUCCUUGAAUUCUUAUGACGCAUAGGAAUAAAGCAUCUGUGAGAGUAAGGAGAUUAGAGUAAUUAAGUACUAAUAUGAACAGAUAAACAUAUUUAACUAUACUUUUGAUCUGUUUUUAUAAAAAAUUCAAUGUCAUUGUGAAAUAUCACACCUUGUGCGGAAGGACUUCUGUCCUCUUUCUUUAAGAAAAAAUUCAGCUUGGAGCAUUUUUGGAAGCAGCAGCUUUAGAUUUCUUUCUUCACUGGCAUCGGGUGCAUCUGGAGGAGCGCACUGCAAACCCAGCAGCCUGUGGCCGGCGUGCUGCUCCCCUAGUCUUCCAGUAUGAAGCAAUAUCUCAGAACGGUUUCUCCCCUUAGCUCUCCCCUGCCGUGAAAUGGGAGUAUCUCAUCUCAAAGCCUGCUAUCAUUGUCAAAGAGCUUAUUGCCUGGACUUUUGUAAAAAAUUAACUUUACAAAUGCUACAGUGAGAUCUCAUGUGAAGAUGUCAGUGUGUUAGUAUUCUGAAACAUCUGAAAAUAAACUCUACAUUUUUGUGCUGCUGUGUCUGACUUGAUUUACUUGCUGAUGUUACCCUGCGGCCUGCCAACAGCAUCUAAGGGGUUGGCUGAACAAGUGAUGCUUGUGUGUUAGCUGAUGGGGCUCUCUGUGUCACUGGAUCGCUUGGCAGUGCUAAAUAAUCCCGUGGAAACGUAGGCGCACACGCAGGCGUUUUUGUCAAAUGAGGCCAAGCACACAGUGCUGCCUGUGGCCGCCAUCUGCCUCACGCUGAGGCUUUGCCAAUUUGGAGAGGACGUGUGGUAUCUAAUCAACAAGAAGGGGGUCUCUAUUUGAGCCAGUAUGAAGCCUCGAAGGAUGGUGUUGCCCUGUCGAUGCUUUGUGAGCUGUUGGGACCAUCAGAGCGUGGCUGGACUUUGCCAUGGUGUCUGUCACCAGGCUCAGGGUGCUUUAGUGUCCCCUGGAGCCACCGCCUCGGUGUGCUGGGCUCUUCUGGCUCUCUCUCUGCGGGAGGUGACACUGAAGAUGUUUCAUGCAGACCAUUUGAGAUGCCCUGCGGCUUGGCUGACCUUGCAGCGAUUCUUGCUCCUGCCGCAGCCUUGAUGGGAAGGGGCGCGUUGCCUGCACCUCCCGCGUCGGAUGCAGGCUGGGAAACCUUGGCAUUCUGGGACCAUCUCUCCUUGUGCAUGGAGAUUAUUUACAUUCUUUCCAGCUGUAUCCGUUCCCUGAUGAGUUCACUUUGCAGCUGCACAGGUGCUGGGUAAGUGGCUGUGCAAUUAUUUUUGGUAACAACCUCUGAAUGCCCAUCCGUGACCCUCCAGGUCUGCAGUGCAAAGCACCUAACAGAGGCUGGUUUGUUAACUUGCUUAAUAAAAUGUAUUUGUGCUGAUGAGACCGAAUUGCUUGACAUGAUAGCAUCAUGCAUGUCUUGAAUAGACAGGGUAGUUCAGUAGAUUUUGAAAAGGCAUAAAAGCAGCAAUCUGUAAUUUAAAUAUAAUAUUGUGCUCUCUUGAUUCUCCUUAAUAAUAUAUGAAAAUAAGUUCAGUCUGGAGCUUCCUAUAGAAAGGAAUGACUCUGAACUAAUGUGAAGUGUCAGUUGGUCAUAGCCAUACGUCGAUACUACGUCUUUGUAACUGUGCAGGAGCGGAUGCUUAGCUGAGGCCCCGUGUUUACUUACGCUGUGGAAUUGCUUCUGAAGGCUUGGCCAUUCCUGCUGCAGAAAACGGUCUUGGAAAGACGCUGGCAGUUUCCUGUGGGAAAGCUUUCACAGAGGCUGGGCCGCCUGCUCAGUCCUCGCCGGUCGCCUCUGCCGCUGCAGCUCACUGCCGUCGGUGGCUGCCAGCCUUGUUGCAGCUGAUGCAGUCUCCCUUGGUCAGCCCUGGAGCAUCUCUUCCGAGAGUCAGCCCUGCAGAACGCUGCGACGCGCGAGAAGCAUCCCCUGCUCAGGACGCCCAGGGAGGGCUGUGGCCCUGGUGGGGGUUGUUAAACCUUGGAAAUGUUGGUACUGCGCGUGCUGAACUUCUGCAGCGAAUGCUCUCGCCUCUGCAGCAGUUUUACCUCCUUUGCUCCUCGCGAGGGGGCCAGCCCUCGCAAGGGGCUGAGAGGAGGACACACGACAGGCCACCGUCCCUCCUCCCGCGCCUCCUCCCUGCUGGGCUCGGGGCUCUGCCUCCAGCCGAUGGCGCGGGGAGCAGAGAAAUCAAUCUGCGGGCGUGAAAUGCUGCUUCCCCUCCUUGUGCAACAGCACCACCAGCCAUCUAACCACCAGGACAGGUCACCCAAAAGGCACCUGCCAAGGGAUUAUUGCUCUAUGACGGCCUGUGAAGAAAUACUUGUUCUUAGCAAAAACUAAUUGUAAAAGCCUGUACUUUACUCAGUAACAAUUUUGUUCCCAGUAGAAUAUACUCUUUGUAAGAGCUU